AUGUUGCUAAAAAGAUUACUCGAGACCUUCCAAUGGUUGAUCCAAGUCACUCACAACCUCGCUACCAUCCAACCUGGCGGCGAAGGCCAUAUUGCAACCGUCCGGGUCCGACUUCUCCAUUCAUCCGUCCGACAGCGUAUCCUGCAUCUAUGUCGCACAAAACCUCACUACUUCGAUAUUGACCAUUAUGGUGCUCCCGUCAACACAUUAGAUAGUAUCCACUCCAUCAGUACUUUCUGCUGCAAUCCAAUGUGGCUCCAACUGCCUAGGUUUAAGAUCAACCCUUCCCCCGAUGAAGUCAAAGACUACAUCGCCCUCUUUCGAUACCUUGGUUACCUUCUCGGAACACCAACAUCAUACUUCGAGACGGUGGAGAAGAGCAAGCACACAAUGGAGAGUAUGGUCGCCCACGAGCUGCAUACCACGGAGACGUCACGCGUGGUCGCUUAUAACUUUGUCGAAUGCGUGUCGAACCUCCCUGCCCCGUUCCAUGUCUCGAGGAAGUUCAUCGAGGCUGGUAGUCGGUGGAUCAACGGGGACGAGAUCUGCGACGAGCUUGAGCUCGGGAAGCCCGGGUUCUUAUACUACUUUAUGUUUGCCGGUUACAGUGUUCUUGUUCUAGGGCUUGCUUGGCUGCAACGGACGAUUCCUAUGUUUGAUGGUUUUAUGAUCAAGUGCUACGAGAGCGCACUCGUUUUGACUUCAAACAUAUCCCGCGCGUGGGCAAAACGAUCGGGAGAGAGAAAUACAGCUCCGGUGAAGACAAUCGGCCUCGGAAGGCGUGCAAGUAUCCUCCAUAUUUGA